GAUUGGUCUGCUUUUCCUUGCCUGUGGCAGUUGACAGCACCUCCCAACCGUGCAGGGCCUUCUGCUUGCUAACACAGUCAGUCAGACUGCAGCAAGCUCAGCUGUAUCCCAGCCCUUCACAGGCAGAAAAGUGUACUCUCUUCAAAAGAGUCUCUGAUCAUUUUUGCUUCUUGGGGGUUUUUUAAAAUUUUUUUUUCGGUCGGUGAUUUUUUUUUCUCCAGUUGCUGUUACUUAAUUAUAUUCCUAAUCCUGGAUGCAGUUACUGGAUUCUGCAGUACAAGUCUUCAUGAACAAGCUGCACCGCUUAGAGAUUUCACGGCAUUCAAAGGUCACAGAACUGCCACUAUGGUUAAAUGUCUUGUUUAAUGGUUGAGCAGCCUCUGAGGUACUCCAGCCAGUCAGGGUCGGGAGCUUCCAGUGCUGCUGCAUUCUGGUCUCCUGCAGCGGUGUGGAGAAAUCUCAUUUGAUAGUCCUGAUCAGAAUGCCAAAUGUGUUCGCAUGCUAGGAGAUGCACGGGUGAGAGGUCAGACAGGGGUUCUCUCUGAGCGCCGUGGCUCCUACCCAUUUAUAGACUUCCGUCUUCUCAACAGUACAACACACUCGGGGGAACUUGGCACCAAGAAAAAGGUGAAAAGACUGUUAAGCUUUCAGAGGUAUUUCCAUGCAUCCAGGCUGUUGUGUGGAAUUGUACCACAAGCCUCUCUGUACUUACUGGAUGAAGACUACCUGGGGCAAGCAAGGCAUAUGCUAUCCAAAGUGGGAAUGUGGGAUUUUGAUAUUUUCUUGUUUGACCGCUUGACAAAUGGAAACAGUCUUGUAAGAUUGCUCUGCCAUCUCUUCAAUGUGCAUGGGCUUAUUCAUCAUUUCCAGUUAGACAUGGUGACAUUACACAGGUUUUUAGUUAUGGUUCAAGAAGAUUACCAUAGCCAGAACCCAUACCACAAUGCUGUCCAUGCAGCUGAUGUCACUCAAGCUAUGCACUGCUAUCUAAAGGAGCCCAAGCUUGCCAACUUCCUUACCCCUCUGGACAUUAUGCUUGGACUGCUGGCUGCUGCCGCUCAUGAUGUAGACCAUCCAGGGGUCAACCAGCCAUUUUUGAUCAAAACCAAACACCACCUCGCCAGUCUGUACCAGAAUGUCUCAGUUUUAGAAAAUCAUCACUGGCGAUCCACAAUAGGCAUGCUUCGAGAAUCAGGGCUCCUUGCCCAUCUGCCAAAGGAAAUGAUACAGGAUAUUGAGCAGCAGCUGGGCUCCCUGAUCUUGGCAACAGACAUCAAUAGGCAAAAUGAGUUCUUGAUCCGUUUGAAAGCUCACCUCGACAAUCAGGAUUUGAGAUUGGAGGAUGCACACGACAGACAUUUCAUGCUCCAGAUCGCACUCAAGUGUGCUGACAUUUGCAAUCCCUGUCGGCUUUGGGAGACAAGCAAGCAGUGGAGUGAAAGAGUCUGUGAGGAAUUCUAUCGGCAAGGUGACCUGGAACAAAAAUUUGAACUGGAAAUAAGCCCUCUUUGUAAUCAGCAGAAGGACACGAUACCUAGCAUACAAAUUGGCUUCAUGUCCUACAUUGUAGAGCCACUCUUUGAAAAAUGGGCCCAGUUUACUGGAGACACUCCCCUCUCUGAAAACAUGCUAAGCCAUCUCAGGAGGAACAAGGCCAAUUGGAGGAGUUUGCUCCACAAGCAACACAGCAGUAGCAGGAGUAAUGACCACUCAGGUCAAGUGACUGAAAAUGAGGACCAGACUUUAAAUGAAGGGGACACCCCAUAGUGCCAGCUUUGCACUCUUCCUAAUAGUACUGCUGUCUCUUCCUCGCUGGUCACAACAGUGAACAAAACCCCAAGGACCUGUGAGGCCAUCAACAACAGCAUGGAAAGGGAAAGACAGGGGAAGCAGAAGCUGGAAGGGUCCUCGUAAAUAAACCCACUUGAAUGCUGGGUUUGGUUUUUGAGCUCCUUUGACUUCCCCACCCUCCUCCUCCUCUUUCUACAUAUUUCUGAAGUCAUUCAUCACUUCUGAUCAUUAACUGCUUGAAUGAGAAGCUGAGCCAGUAAAUGGCUACCAAGUAACACAGGAGGAUUACAGAGAAAACCUGAGAGAGAAAAGAAGCGCUCUUGGCCAUAUUUCAUUCACAUGGGUCAUACUGUGACACAUACCUGUAUGUAGGCCUGGAGCACCAUACAGUUUCCAGUCUGGCAGCUGGGCUGCACAUUAAACCACCAGCAUCUUCAGAACUCUGAGAAUAUUGGUCAAGUAUGAGCGCACACAGGAGAGAGAAAUCUUGUUAUUUUAAUAAUUCAAAAAAAACCCUUUUUAACUUUUGUAUUCUGUGCACCAGACAACAAAUCCAAAAUCUUUGGACUGAGGUUGCUCUAUGUACACAAAACUCAAGCAUGACAAGAUUCAUUUUUUAAGUCAUUUUUAUGCCACUUUAGGUAGAGUGACAUCUUCAAGGAACACCUGCAAGGAACAGCAUUCCCUAGCAAGUCAAAGGGAAGGUGUUGUACAGUCUAAACCUUUGCAACAUAAUCAGACCUUUUUGAUGACUCUGUUUCAAUUAUAUGUUUAUAUUCACACGUGUACAUUUUCUGUAAAUAUAAAGCGCUACUGAUUCCCAUGCCAAAAUACUGAAGUAUUAUGGGAUUGCUACCUGUAUAAACAAUGGCACUGUGAACAGAAUACUAUUAGUUUUAAUACAAGAGAAAGCAUUUGUAAAUAUGAUAUAGAGUUUAUUAAUACACUAUUGUUUGCAGAUAAAGGCCUUAACUUUUAGCAUCUUUCAUCUUCUGAUAGCUGCCAAAAUCAUAUCACCAUAUAUAUGAUUCUGAACUGCCUUUACAUUUUCAGCUGCCUGGCAGAAUGAAGUCUGGCAGGGCAUUUUUUGGAAACUUCACAUGCAUUCCAUAUGGACCCAUACCGUUUAAUCCAUGGCACAAUGCACACUUUUAGAAGAUGCUUCACAAAGCCUGAAGUUCUGAUAUUUUAAAACACAGCAAUAUUACACAAUCUAUUUUACAAUUCAAACUGGUAAACCGUGGACCCGUGGAUUCUAACCAAGUAGCAGAGUGGUCUACAAAACCAAACACAUCCAACUGAGGGUCUGAUCCAGAUAUCUUGGCAGUUCUGGAGUAUAAUUGUUUUCUCAAAUGGUGCCAAACUAUCAUUUCAUCUUGUAUUGUGUUGAUUUUUUUAAUCUUUCAUUAGGUGACCAGCAUGUAGGUAUGGUUCUUGUUUCCUUUUCACGAGAAAAAUGCUUUACCUGGCUUUUAUAAAUUUCACUUAAUGAAGGAAAAUGCUUUGUAGCCAAUCUAGUAAGCAAGAUCCUUCUCCCUCAUAACUAUUGCUAAUUACAGUUAAGGUUUUAGCUUACAGGGUUUUUGAAAGAGACACAAUAGUCCACUCCAUGAACCACCUUUGUUGGGGCAUUCUUUCAAUUCCUUUCUUUAACCUCCUCCUUUCAGAUAAGACCUCUACCUGGGGUGUGUAAGUAAUCAUGUGAGUAACAUGUUUGGUUUUCCUUUCGUGUGUAUUAUUCUGAUAGCAAAUGCAAUGCUAUUACAUUACUAUUUUACCACUUCAAACAAUGUUUUUGUUUAUAACAGAACUAGCUCUAGUUGUUAUACACUUGUAUUACGUGAUGUGAUUGCCAUGGCGGCAAACAACUUAAGCCAACGUAGAUAAGGGUUAAAUUUAUAAGAAAUGUUCAAGAAAGAUGAGUUUACUUUUAAGUAAAAGUGCAAGGUAACAAUUAUUUUAAGGUGUUUAGAUAAAAAAAUGUUCACAUUAAUAAGAAAUCCAGUAAAGGUCACAUUAGUAAUAUACAUAUAGAAUCAAUUAACAGAAAAAAUGACUGAAACUCAAAGUAGAAAGAUGAAAUUCAGGUGUCUGGAAGUGUGAAGUGUAUUGGGCCAGCUAGCUUUAUCCUAUCAUUGUGUAGAUUUAUGUCAGCAAAGUAUGGACAAAUGAGAAUGUUCUUGUUUCUUCCAACUAGGACACAUACCUCACUAGAGCUCACUAUAUAAUUUUGCUAACAGUUUCUCCUAACAAGUAAGGGAGUAGUAAACCUAAGGAAUAGGUCAAAGUUACCUCUGUUUCAAAACCAUUGCAUUUUCAACCGUUCCAUCUUGGGUGGUACAGAAACAAGGUCCUUUUUAGUGUCCAAGUUAAUCUCUACUGCUACAUCUUACUUUUCCUCUCAGUAUUCCAGAAGUUUAGAGCAAGGCAGUACCUGUUAGUCACAGUAUGCAGCCCAUGAAGGAUGUCACACAUUAGCACACUGGCAGGUUUUCAAAUGUCUACAGAAGUUAGGAAAGAAAGAAAAUGUCUCUUUCCCCCUUUUUGGUUGCUUAUUUUCAAUAGUCAUCUUCAACUCUUUUCCAUUUAGUUGGAAGAAUUAAAAAAAUGUUCUGUGGUUUAGAAACAAGCCUAUUCAUUACUGUACCCCAGUAGCUCUAGUACAAACUGCCUUUUAAUUAUGGCAGUUCUUCAAAGCCAAUGAAAGAACUUUGUAUGCUCUUAGUUAUGCUGGGAUGUCAACCUGGCCUUUUUGUUACUAGCGCAUUGACCUGUUACUCAAGUCAGCCCUUUUCAAGUUAAAGUCCCUAACUAGAAAGGUUGCUCUUAUGAAAAUAGGGGUGGCCUUUUUUUAUUUUUUCAUGAAAAUGAAGUACACAUACCUGCCUGGCUGCAAUAUAACUACUCUCACUAGUGAAAGAAAUUCAGGCUGACUUUGUGGCAUAAAUCAGUUACAGGCUAAGCAGUUUGCCUCAGGCGCUCUCUAAGGUUCACUUCAAUGGAGGAAGCUAUGAAGCGAGCUCUUGGCAGCAAAUACCUGCCAGCCCAAAUGACUGGGCUCUGUGCUAUAAAGUGGGAUUUCUGGGUGAGUUUCACCAAUAGUUUUCCCAUGAAGAAGCCAGACUGCACUUUAUGAACAAUACCACCAGCAAUUAAAUAUAUACUAUUGUGAUAAAUAUUUUACCUGGUGUCUGGUUCAGUAGUAUAACUAAGGUGGAGCAACUGGGGUAUUAGGCCCCAGGUGCUGAUUUAAAGGUGGGAGGCAAUCUGGCUGCAGCUGCUGCCCCAUGCACAGUUGCCACCCAGGGUACAGAACUGUCCAGUUAUGCCUCUUGUCUGCUGUAGAGUAGAAACGGCCAGUGUGAGAAUGGGGCAACAGAAUGGAGAUGUAGUAAAAAAAUAAACAUUUGCACAGAAUGGACUUUUGUCCUAUUAGCCACAUUUGACACUUUAUAAGAGACCUAUGUGAAUGAAUUCUUGCUUCUUUUAAAGGAGAGUCUGUUUGGUCUGCACAGCAACACAUUAAAGAGUUUUCUGGCUUUGUUUGGUUUUAGAUGUAUGUACUGACAGGAGUACAAAACACUUGCCAGAGGCUGAAGCACUCUCAAUUACACUACACAAAAAUUCACUACUUGUCUUGGUUAAACCCCAUACUUGUUUAAGGGAAAGAUUAUAUACAGCCUUGGAUGUGACUUCUGUAAUUAAAAACUAAUUAAAGCAAAGAAAUUAUAGUUUAAUUAGACUAUUAUGCCUUGAUUCUGGAAGGCACAGAAAGCUUGUAGUUUUGUGGCAUGAAAGCUCUAAAGAGCAGCACAGAAGCAACAUGCAGGUCAUCAAAGAUAAAAAGGAAGGUAAUAAAAAAAAAUUCAUGACCUGGAGUGCAUGAAAGCAAGGAGAUAAGGAACAUAGCAGAGCCCUGUUUGUAGCCAAAGGCUUUUUUCUUUAUAAUGUGGACAAAACAAAUGUGAGAAAAGUAGGCCAGUUAAGUGCAGCAACCAAGGGCACUUGUACACGUGAUAAAAAUUGGCUGUUUUUACGGUUUAAUUGCAUCACAGUGUACAUGUGUGGGGGUUUCUUAUGAUUUAAAUGAGUUUCCUACAUUGCAAACUAAACCACAUCCUCAUGUAGUUUAAUUUGCAACAUAGUUAUUUGUAACCUUGCAGCCUUUGACAGCUGGCAACCCCCAUCCCCUCCCCGCCUACAGCUGCAGGAGAAGUGGACUGAAAGUAGAGGUGGCGAGGGGGCCGAUCCUGUUUUCUUUUUUUUGGUGGAGCCUGCCUAUGUCUCCUGCAGCUGGGGAGCGAGCUGCCAGUGGACUGAAUGGCCCCUGAGCUGCAGGGACCCCGGUCCUUCCUUCUGUGGCAGCGGCACCCCCUGGGACCACCUGGCCAGGCUGCUAGCAGGCAGGUGCUGCCCCAGCUUGGGCUCAGGGAACAGUUGGAUCAGUCUGGGUGCUGCCUCUGAGCUGGGGCAGCACCUACCCACUAGCUGCCUGCCCGAGUGGCCCCAGGGAGCACCAUCACCAUCACCAUGAAGGAAAGGUCCAGGCCCCCCAUAGCUCAGGGCCAGCCAGCAGCUCACCUCCUGGCAGUGGGAGAGGCAGCCAAGCUCCACAGAAAAAAAAAAAAAAAGAUCAGGGUUCUCACCCUUUUUUUUUUUUUUUUUUUUUUUUUUUUUUUGGUUUCUCAGUGGAGCCUGCCUGUGUGAGUUGCUGCUGUGCUGAGUAGCCCCUGAGCUGCAGGGGGGCCCGGUCCUUCCAUCUGUGGUGGCAGCACCCCCGGGGGCUGCCCAGGUGGGGUGCUAGCUAAGUGGGUGCUGCCCCAGCUUUCAGGCAUCAUCCACUGGAUCCAAAACCAAAGUGCUCAGAAGCUAAAAAGAAACAGAGCUUAUUGUGUACAUCACAACUGAAGGAAGAGCCUGGGAUAAAAUUCCACAUCACCACUAGAAUAAAGCAAGGAAACAACUGAAUUGGAUUUCUGUUGAUCUAACCUAGAUUAUGGGACCCUUCAAUAACUUGUAUAAAUAGGGUUUUGGAUAAAAGUGGCAGCCUACAAAUCAGCAUUAAAAAGGCUGUGGCUCCAGGCUCCCAAACCCAGAAGACACAAGAUUGGUUAGCUGCUUCUUCAGCACACUAUGAAAAGAGACUGUCAGAUAGAUUAAGCAACCCAGAGGUGUACCAUACAUCAUUCCUAAAAAAAAAUUACCCCAAAUAAUUGCUGAGUCAAGGUUCAAACCACCAAAAAAGGGAAUUACUGGUAUUUUAAAAUAGAUGACCCAAUAACUCUUUUCCCUGCAUCUUGUUUCAAUGCUUGUUUUUAAUCUGUAGUGAAUUAUUUAAAUCAUUUAUGUCCCUACAGUAAGCAAGAAAUUCCAUUUACAUCACUGGUCAUACACUAAAUUGAACAGAUCAUCUGUCACACUGUGCUUCCCCAUUGACUCAUUUAGUCUUCAGUCAAAUCUACAACCAAGGCCAAGGUGGGGAAAGCCCCAAAAAAGCACUCCUCCUAAUUAUGGCUGAAUACCACGCACAAACUGUGGCAAUGCUAGUUGUUGUUAGGCUGGUCAGUCCGCGUACCAACUACAAUUUAUUCCCUAGUGAUAUUCAGUCUGGGUCACUCAACUGAUAGACGUGAAUGCAACCUUCUCCUCUCCCCCUGACUUGGGUCACAGAAAAUCAGUACUUGUAAUUCGUUAGUAAAUAUGCAUAAAUAUUAGUCUUGUGUAUAUUUUACUGUAUAAGAUUAAAUCUGGAAGCAACAGAUCAUGCUAUUACAAAACUUUGGGGCAAGUUAUAGUGCAAGAAUAUUUAAUUGUUUUAUCUUCCCUCUGCUACCAAAAUCAUUGUCACUAUGACCCGUCCUAUAUUUUAGGUACACAAACUUUAAAUGCAGAGCAUAGAAAGUUUGACUUGGAUGUAAAAUAUAUUCUUUUAAUCAUUGAACACAAACUGUAUAGAAAUGUCAUGUCUAUUGUAAAACACACCGUAUGCACACCGCCCCCCCUCCCCUUAUCCUGCACACCGCCCCCCCUCCCUUAUCCAGGCUAAAUCCUGCUCCCAUUAAAAUCAAAGUCCAUUGACUUCAAUGGGACCAAGAUUCAGUCUGUGUGUGUAUAUAUAUGUCAUAUGCAUCAAAUUGAAAGGAAGCAAUAGGUUGUGUGAAAAUGCUGUGACUGCUAUGCAGUGAUGCCAAGAAUUAAACAAGAGACUUAACUGUAUCUUUUUUAACAUACUGCUGUAAGUAUUCAUCAUGUCAAAGGAUGACAACUAAUAAAAAGAAUUACAGAAGAAUAA